AUGAAACUGAAUGUGGAACACACGCCGUUGCUGCUCCUAGUCUUCGGUCUUUCUCUGUGUGAGAUGGCCUAUAUUUCCGAAGAGGAUGGUUUAGACUUGGAAAGCCAGGUUAGAACCAUGAACAAGCCAUCCAUCAUGACCUUUACGGUGGUUUCUAUAACAGACUACAUGACUGAAAAUAUCAAAUACGGAGGAGGUGGAGGUACGACGGUCUACAAUCUAACUGUUGCUCAUGAUCAAUUUAGUACACAUAAUGUGUGGAUUGAAACUGGUCCUCAAGAUCAUAUUAGCAUGAUUGCAGCCGGUUGGAUGGUUUCUCCACGGUUAUAUGGUGAUAAUCUUCCUCGGGUGUUCACAUAUUGGACGGGUGAUGGCUAUCGCAACGGGUGCUACGAUGCAUUAUGUCCGGGUUUCGUCCAAGUGGAUAGGGAAAUAAGCCCCGGUUAUCCAAUAUAUUCUACUUCUACUUAUGGUGGAGCUCAAUCUGUGCUUGUAGUCCACAUCGAACAGGAUCGAAAUACUGGGAAUUGGUGGUUGAUUUUGACCUCUCGAGCGAUUAAAAUAGGCUACUGGCCAAAGGAACUAUUCUUAUAUUUGCGCAAUGGUUCACUACACACAGCUUGGGGAGGGGUUGGCGUAGCUGGAAGCGAUGGAGUUUGUCCACCGAUGGGAAGUGGUCAUAGGCCCGAUGAAAAAGCUACAUCAUUAGCUUUGGAGGUCCAGGAGGUUAUUGCAGGGGAUAGAAAAACAUGA